UCAGCCCAUCAGCAGCUUAUCCUGCACUUUUUGAAGUUCCUAAGUUUCCUUUUGAUGUUCAGGCUAAGUUGGACCAAAAACAAAGCAAACUUGCAGCAUCCGAUAGGAUCAAAAUUAUAAGAACAUUGUAUGAAAGCAUGGCUCAGUACAGUAUGUAUCCGACUAAUGAAGAGUAUGUUCAAGUGGCUAAGGCCCUUAUUCUGAGGUACCCCUUUUUAAAGGACAAAGAGGGCAAUGGAUAUCACACAUGGCACAUGUCUCUGAAACGCAAGUUUAAAUUUGAACGGACACCUUUGGCUGAUGUUGAAGAAGUGAAAAGACUUAAACAGAAGUUUGGUCAUUCAAAAAAGUCUCAGGAACCUGAAAAAAGCACUUGCAAACAAAUGAAAAGGCCUGUGGACAUGGAUGUUGCUGGAGAGGAUGCUACCUCAAUAGAGGGACAUGUGAAAGUCCUACAGGACCAAUAUCGAAAGACACAGCCAGAUGCUCGUAUUGUUGAAGAGCGAAUGAGGAGGACCUUUGCCUGGAGGCAUAAGGAGAUUAUUGGUGGGAUGACUGUUGAAGAUGCUGUCAACAAAUAUCCGUUUUUGAAGAGUUCAUCAGGGCUUUAUCAAGAAAUUGGUUUCCUGUACAAGUCUGUUAAUCUUUGCCGGCACUUUCAAGAAAGCUUUGGAAACAUUGCAUCCAGUGUGCUACAACUUGCUUGCGGGAAAUCUCUUUUAGCAAAGCCGCUCAUAGAAGCUAGAGAAGAAUCUCUCGUUGAAGACCAUAAUGGAAUUGAUUUCAAAGCAGCACUUCUCAUGUUGCCAGUCUUGUUCAGAGAAAAGCUUGAACACUUCAUUGUGCUUGGGAGAGUGACCCAUCUUCACCAUAUCCAACUGUUCAAGUACAGGAAACCACUGACUGGAAAACUGUGCUUACAAGAAGAGUCACUGCUGUCAUCAGAGUUGAUGGGAUAG